UACACGCUGCUAGAACUAUCAACACAGGUGACGCUAGGGAAGAACUGUGACCGGUAUGACACAUUUGGUAUUAACCUACUGUUGGAUAACACUUGUAUUGUAAUUUCAUAAUUACUAUCACCGCAUUAAAGAACGAAGGAGAGAGUUAGUGUUUUAACAAUAUGAGAGCGUACGGUGCUGGCUAGUCAGUGAGAUAACUAACUGCUUAUGAAAAUGAGUCCUGUCAUUGAGACUCGGUGAUACCAUUUGCUAACAGAGAUCGUUGCAUAAAGCAGUCAAGUGUAGUUGGUUUGCUUUGCUGCAGAGAGGAUUUAGUGUCGAGGUUUGGUCUUUCAGAUUUUUGGACUACUUUUUGCACUGUCUGUCCGUAGAGACGCCUUUGAUAUGCUUCUCAAGGUUACUAGCAGUAGUGUUAACAGUAUAUCGAUAUAAAUGAAGAAUCGACUUGGAUAACAGCUCAGUCAACUAAUCUGUAGAAUAGCACGAUUGAUGCCCUUUGGAACAUCAUGGAUCUCCAGCAUCCCACGUGUGGAAACGUGAACACAUCUAUGCCACAGAGGCAGAGUGCCAGAGCACUCGGAGUGUUCCCAUCCCUUCUCCCCCGUGUCCAUGCAGCUGAAAGUUCCCUUCUGCCCACACUCAUAGGCAAACCAGAGUUUCCUGACACGGGCUGGGAACGCAUCAAAGACAUUUUCGAUACAAGUGAUGGUCAAAGGUUCUCGGAGGAGGUGAAGUACCUGGUGAAGAGUGGCAUUUCAGCAGCGCUGGUUGGAAUGGUGUAUGGUGGGGUGCCGGCAGCGCGACAUGCUCGCCAGCGCUUCAUCCAGCUCAGCCAGGCUGAGGUGUACACCAGCCGCGUCGAAGCUGUGCGUUCAGCACAUAACGCUGCCAUCAGAGGGUUCCUGCGUUAUGGCGUGAGGUGGAGCUGGAGAGUAGCUGUCUUUGUGACGCUCUUCAACACUGUGAGCACAGGCCUGUGUGUGUACAGAGACAGAAAUGCUCUGAGUCACUAUGCAUUAGCUGGAGCUGUGACGGGAGGAAUGUUUCGACUGAGUUUAGGUCCAGUGGGGAUGCUGGCCGGCUCAGCCAUUGGAGGACUGCUGGGGUUGCCGGCAGGUGCGCUGAUUGUGGGCGUGCAGAAGCUUGGUGGAGAGACACUGCAGGAGAAGAGGAAGAGAGAGCGCAGGGAGCUCCACGACCUCAAGAUGGCUGAGUGGUCUGCUCGACUCCAGCUCACAGAUAAUGUGGCUGAUGAGAUCGGAGAGAGCGGGCAGGACUCAGCAGGUGACCUGAAGAGGAUUGACGAAAUACUAAACCGCCCCAGGAAUAAGCCUGCAUCUCCAGAACCAUCCAGCCAAUGAGUACGGCCAUGAGCACUUUCAUACAGACUGAAUGAGAAGGAUGCCUAGCCUGAGAAGAGACUUUAUUUAUCUUUGGGAAAGAGACAUGUUAAAGCAUACUGGGAGGUAUUCCAAGUAUGUGGUUUAGUGACAAACUUGGGUAAGCUAACUUAAGUGGUAAACCUCCUAAAAGAGGAGCCCUAUGGCUUUGAUUUGCUUAGAGAAUGAAGCCAUAGGGCUCUUCUGUUAGGAGGUUUACCAUAUACUGGGAGUUAACUUAUCCAGGUUUGUCUCUAAACCACAUACUUGGAAUACCCCCCUGGUAUAUCUGAACCUGAAGAAGGGAAGAGAACUCGCACAGAGGCCCCAAACGUUUGAAGGAGACAUGCACAGCCCCACACAUACUAAACUAGUUGUCCAAGAUCUAAGCCAGUGGGGUUUGCUUGGCCACUCAGCUGUGUUGGGCUUCAGAUGUCUGUAAAGGUGGCAGUGUGAAAUGAACAAGAUCAGUGUCAGAGUGUAUCACUUGCACUCUCUACUCUGUGUCACAGUCAUUUUUCGUCUGAUGUGUUACAGAUGUGUGUUACAAAAAAAGGAUUAAAGAAUGAUUGAUUUCAA